AUGCUGAUCCUCGCUCGCCGCGCGGCCGUGUCUGCCUGCCUGCUCGCGGCUGCACACUGGCGCCCGCCUCUGCCGGCGCUGGCGCGUCCCGACAAGGACGGCAUCUUCAGCGACUGCAGCGGCUUUUGUGUGAGCAGCCAGGACGACAGGCCGGCGGUGUGGGACAACCCGUGGGUGGCGGAGCAGGCGCUGCCGAGCGCGAUGGAGCGGCUGCGCCGCGUGAUCGAGCUCAAGCUGCAGGGCAAGGUCGUCGAGCAGGACGAGCGGUACCUCCGCGCCGAGUUUGCCAGCCGAGGGCCGCUGGGCGACGCGGUUGACGACGCCGAGUUCUUCUUCACGCCGGACGACGUGCUCGUGCAGUUCCGCGCGGCGCGGCGCGGCGACGCGCCCGACUUUGGCGCCAACCGGAAGCGGCUCGAGAGGGCGCGCAUCGCCCUCGGCUGGGAGAAGGUGGAGGUGCUGCGCAACCGCAGGCGAGCGCUCGUCGUCGUCGAGUCGCCCUUUGACAGCUUCGGGCCCGCCACCUACGAGCGCGACGAGCUCGGCUUCACCAACCGCGACCUGGUGCCCGCGGAGGCCAACCAGAAGGAGCUGUACGGCGACCUCGACCCGCUCGCGGCGCCGUGGCGCAAGCCGACCCCGUCGAUGCGCGACGCCAAGGACGGGCUCGGCGAGCUGCUGAGGCGAGAGUCGGACGACCGCGUCCGGAGUCGGUAG